ACCAUAAAUUUGACUUUUGUUUCCGACUAUCCGUGAAGUGUGCCAGCCGCAUCGUUUACACAUGUGAACUUGUGAAGUGAUUCAGUUUGAUUCUGCUACCUAUUACUACACUCACGUGGACAUCAGCUAAACCACGCAAUAGAUGGAAUAGUUUUUUAGUUACAAGUUUAUCACUACUGUACGGCGUGUUCUAGUAGCCAUUUCAUUUAUCAUUUCAGUCGGCUCCCGUUAAAUUGUGUGUACAGUUAAUUCUAAGAACGAAGACGAAGUGGACUACUUUGCCAACUAACUACCAAUCUAUUAAGUUUGGUAACAUUUCUCCUAGAAGCAAGAGAACCAUGACUGAGGAACCAGAAGAAAGUUCUGAUUUACUGGCUACUUAUAAAAAAGAUGGGACACAGCUAACAAUAACUCAAAAUAAUUUAAACGGCAAGUCUAAUAAUGUGGAGAAUACUUCGAGUGAACCUCCCGACGGGGGUUUUAGAGCUUAUUUGGUUUUAAUAGGGUCUUUCCUAACCAAUGGCCUGUUGUUUGGCGUGAUUAAUUCCUUUGGGGUAAUUUAUGUAGACCUUGAAAAAAUAUUGGUUACUGAAGGCGUCCACAAUGCAGGAACGCGCGCAUCUCUGGUGGGUUCGCUGGCGAUGGGCACAACAUUCUUCCUAUCGCCGCUAUCUGGUACUCUGACCGGAUUCCUCGGGCUUCGCAUGACGGCGGUGCUCGGCGGCUCGCUCGCCACCGCCGGCCUGCUCCUCUCCUCAUUCGUCUACAAGAAUGUGGACGCCUUGUGCUUCACAUACGGAAUCCUGUAUGGCAUGGGGGCGUCACUCGCGUACACUCCCUCACUCGCUAUUCUCGGCCACUACUUCAAGAAGUACUUAGGUCUAGUAAACGGUAUUGUCUGCAUCGGCAGUUCUGUUUUCACGGUGAUCAUGCCGGCGCUCAUCCAGCACAUGAACCACCAGUACGGCCUCGAGUGGAUGUUCAGAGUCCUCACAGUUUUCACCUUCGGCAUCGCCCUCUGUGGCCUCCUGUUCAAACCGAUAGCGCUGACAAAGAUCGAGAAACCUCUCAGUGAAGAUAGGUGUUUCAAGACAAUCGUUAAAAAGAUUCUGACCGUUGAAAUAUGGUUGAACAAGAAGUACAGAUACUGGGCUCUGUCCAUGCCCGUCGCCUUGUUCGGGUACUUCGUCCCGUACAUUCAUAUGAAAGCGCACAUCGGCGAAGUGUUCAAAAACAGUGAUUCGAAUUUGCCGAUCCAGUGUCUGGCCGUGACCUCCGGGGUCGGCCGGCUGCUGUUCGGAUAUCUCGCUGAUAAAAAAUGGGUGAACAACAUCUUCCUUCAGCAGCUUUCCUUCUACAUUAUUGGAACGAUGACGAUUAUUUUGCCGUUUAUCGGUUCCUUCCCGCUGUUUGUGGUGGCCGUGCUGGUGAUGGGCUUGUUCGACGGUGCGUUUAUAGCGUUGAUCGGGCCUAUCGCCAUAUCUCUGUGUGGGAGCCAGUACGCCGCGCAGGCUAUUGGCUGCAUGCUGGGCAUGGCUGCGCCUCCGCUGUCGUUCGGCCCUCCCUUCGCCGCGUAUCUCCACUCCGUCUAUAACUCCUACACGAUACCGUUCGUCCUCGCCGGAAUAUCUCCUAUCGUGGGUGCCACCCUCAUGUUCAUAAUACGGUUCCAGAAGACCCCGAAACCCAGCCACCCUGCAGCCAAUGGGCGCUCGGCUUCGGCGAGAAAUGGAGACAUAGAGAGGAAUCUGACGCUGAGAGAAUCUGACCCAGCGCCCUUAUAGCUCCAGGCGGCGGACGCGCCCUCGACGGAAGUACACAUGUGAGAAGUACUGUAAGCUUUUAUAUUUACGACUGUUAUAUCAUAAAACAAAUAUUUAUUAGUGUAGCAGUUACUGCCAUCCGUUUUUUAAAGAGACAAAUGAGUGCUUGAGAAAGAAUAUUUACGAAAAUCUGUUGAGGUUUGUGAUAAUGAUAAGAAUCUAUUUAGAAUUGGGAUGAAUAUGAAAUAUUUUUAUAAACACGAGGUGCUCUUAUAGAGACUUGGAGCUGUGAAUGCGGUAGUUAAAGCUUGUUUACGUGUGGGAAACAAAACGGGACUCACCUUGCAUUUUAUUAAAAUUUAUUUAAUUUUCCUAUGAAUUAAUUGAAUCCUAUAAUGAGUUGCAAUACUGUUACCAUAAAAGUUCCUAAUUUUAAUAUUUCUUAUAGCUAGACGUAGGUAGUAUUUUCCAGUGACAAUAAUAAUUUAACCCUAUGUUUAUUUUUAAGGAUAUUGAUUUAUUUUUUACUUUUAUAUUUAGUUGUAGAACGUUAAAUAAGAUUUAGAAUAAAUUAUCUGACGAAUAAGAGGGCUUUUGACGCCCAAUCUUAUGAAUUUAUGACACACUGUUACAUGUAUGACAUGUUGUAAAAUUACUAGUUUAUUAAAUAUUUAUGAUCAGUAACCAUAGUAAAUUAGGUGACCAUGCUGUGAUAAUACAUCAAGGUAUAGCUCUUACCAUUCACUAGAAGUCGUGUAAAGGGUCGCGCACAUUAUGACGGGUUGCAGCCGGAACGCAAAAGUCACACGUAUGUAGGCAGUGUGCAAUAGUUUUCAUAUUAUAAAAAUUGGAGCUUUA